AUGGGGGACUCCAAAGUGAAGGUGGCGGUGCGCGUCCGCCCCAUGAACCGGCGAGGUGAGACCCUCCUCGCUCAGCGAUCCCCCUUUCCCCUCCCGGCGCUCACGGAGGCGGAGUGUGAGGGGAGCGGGCCUGAGGGGCAGAGCGCGGCGGGAGGCCGGGGGGCGCCAGUCCCCAUAGGUGUCCGUAGGAUCCGUAACCCUUCUUUUUAUCCCUCGGUGACUGAGUGGGACGGAGCUAUCCAGAUGACAGAGGCACUAUCGGGGCAUAGAGAAACAAAAACAAACAAGAAAACAUGGAAGAGGAGGCGUGAAUUGACAAGAGAAGAUUUCGUUGUUGAGUUGAGAAAACUUGUUUUAAAUGAUGAGGAAGCAAAUAUGGAAAGGCAAUUUCAGCCAAGGAAUGGGAAGGUGAAGAAGGCGAAGUUCCAAGAAACACAGCUUGAUCUGCAUACAAAAUGUGUGGUGGAUGUGGAUGCAAACAAGGUUAUUCUUCACCCUGUAAACACCAACCUUUCAAAAGGAGAUGCCAGUCGGAGCCAGCCAAAGGUGUUUGCCUACGAUCACUGCUUUUGGUCUAUGGAUGAGUCUGUCAAAGAAAAAUAUGCAGGUCAAGAUGUUGUUUUCAAGUGCCUUGGGGAGAAUAUUCUUCAGAAUGCCUUCGAAGGCUACAAUGCUUGCAUCUUUGCCUAUGGGCAAACUGGAUCUGGGAAAUCAUACACAAUGAUGGGUACUGCUGACCAGCCUGGAUUAAUCCCUAGACUUUGCAGUGGACUUUUUGAAAGAGCACAGAAAGAGGAAAAUGAAGAGCAGAGUUUCAAAGUGGAAGUAUCCUACAUGGAGAUAUACAAUGAGAAAGUCAGAGAUCUUCUUGACCCAAAAGGAAGCCGUCAGUCAUUAAAAGUGAGAGAACACAGUGUUUAUGGUCCUUAUGUGGAUGGCCUAUCCAAACUAGCUGUUGCUAGCUACAAGGACAUCGAGUCCUUGAUGUCUGAGGGCAACAAAUCUCGAACAGUGGCUGCAACCAACAUGAAUGAGGAGAGCAGUCGGUCCCAUGCAGUCUUCAAGAUUAUCCUCACCCACACACUCUAUGAUGUACAAUCAGGGACAUCAGGUGAGAAGGUGGGCAAGCUGAGUCUGGUGGAUUUAGCAGGUAGUGAAAGGGCAACAAAGACUGGUGCUGCAGGAGACAGGCUGAAAGAAGGAAGCAACAUUAACAAAUCCCUCACAACUCUUGGGCUGGUCAUUUCUGCCCUGGCAGAUCAGGCUGCAGGCAAGAACAAGAACAAAUUUGUUCCUUAUCGUGAUUCUGUGCUCACUUGGUUACUUAAAGAUAGCCUUGGUGGUAAUAGCAAGACUGCCAUGGUAGCAACAGUAAGCCCAGCAGCAGACAACUAUGAUGAGACCCUUUCAACACUAAGGUAUGCAGACCGGGCCAAGAACAUCGUGAAUCAUGCUGUGGUGAACGAAGACCCCAACGCUCGCAUUAUUCGCGACCUCCGUGAGGAAGUGGAGAAGCUGCGAGAACAGCUCACAAAAGCAGAGGCUAUGAAAUCACCAGAAUUAAAAGAACGACUGGAGGAAUCAGAAAAGUUGAUUCAGGAAAUGACUGUGACCUGGGAAGAAAAAUUAAGAAAAACUGAAGAGAUAGCACAGGAACGUCAGAAACAGUUGGAAAGCCUUGGCAUAUCUCUUCAGUCUUCUGGGAUAAAAGUUGGGGAUAAUAAGUGCUUCCUGGUAAAUUUGAAUGCAGACCCAGCUCUCAAUGAACUUCUGGUUUACUAUUUAAAGGAGCACACAUUAAUAGGCUCAGACAAUUCUCAAGAUAUCCAGCUGUGUGGAAUGGGAAUUCUUCCUGAACACUGCAUCAUAGACAUCACCCCAGAAGGACAGGUUAUGUUAACACCUCAAAAAAAUACUAGGACGUUUGUAAACGGUUCAGCUGUCGUGUGUCCUAUCCAGCUGCAUCAUGGAGACAGAAUAUUGUGGGGAAACAACCACUUCUUCAGGCUCAAUUUGCCAAAGAAGAAAAAGAAGGCAGAUCAUGAGGAUGAAGAGCGAGACAACUCUAUGAAGUACAGUAAUAGUGUUGAGCAGCUGGACAUAGAUGGAGACAAUUCCAGUGAAGUGUCUAGUGAGAUUAACUUCAGCUAUGAAUAUGCCCAGAUGGAAGUCACAAUGAAAGCACUUGGUAGUAAUGAUCCAAUGCAGUCAAUCCUGCAAAGCCUGGAGCAGCAGCAUGAAGAGGAGAAGAGAUCUGCUCUUGAACGACAGAGACUGAUGUAUGAACAUGAGCUGGAGCAGUUACGACGGCGACUGUCGCCGGAGAAGCAGCACUUCCGCAGCAUGGAGAGGUUCUCCUUCCAUUCUCCCAGCGCUCAGCAGCGCUUACGACAGUGGGCAGAGGAGAGAGAGGAAAUGUUGACCCACAGCCUGAGAAAGCUGCGAGAGCAGAUUGUUAAAGCAAAUUUGUAUGUGAGAGAAGCCAAUUUUAUUGGAGAGGAGUUGGACAAGAGGACAGAGUAUAAAGUUACUCUCCAGAUCCCAGCUUCAAGCCUUAAUGCUAACAGUAAGAGAGGUGCAAUUCUCAGUGAGCCAGCUAUUCAGGUGAGGAGGAAAGGCAAAGGCAAACAGAUUUGGUCACUGGAAAAGCUGGAGAAUCGAUUGGUAGAUAUGAGGGAUCUUUACCAGGAGUGGAAAGACUGUGAGGAAGACAAUCCAGUGAUGAGAGCUUACUUCAGGCGAGCUGAUCCUUUCUAUGAUGAGCAGGAAAACCACAGCCUUAUCGGUGUAGCCAAUGUUUUUCUUGAGUGCCUGUUCUAUGAUGUGAAGCUACAAUAUGCUGUUCCAAUCAUCAAUCAGAAGGGAGAGGUAUCAGGUCGUCUCCAUGUUGAAGUUGUUCGUGUGAGUGGGGAGAUAGACGACAGGCUGGUUGGUGGUGAGGAUAGUCCAGACUCUUCAGCUGAAAAUGACAUUCAGGAGAGAAAACUUGUCUGCAGGAUUAAAAUACUUCAGGCUACAGGUUUGCCACAGCACCUCUCCAACUUCGUGUUCUGCAAAUAUACAUUCUGGGAUCAGUUGGAGCCAGUUAAUGUUGCACCUGAGGUGGAUCCUUCCCUGUCUUCCAUCAGCAAGGAGCCACGGUGCAUGGUUGUCUUCGAUCACUGCAAUGAAGUUUCUGUAAAUAUCUCUGAAGACUUCAUGGAGCAUCUCUAUGAAGGCGCCUUGGCAAUUGAAGUGUAUGGGCACAAGCAGAGUGGGGACCGCAAAAAUCCUGCCCUGUGGGAUUUGGGAAUAAUUCAAGCCAAGACACGCAGCCUUCGUGACAGGUGGAGUGAAGUAACCCGAAAAUUAGAGCUUUGGGUUCAAAUUCUAGAGCUGAAUGAGAACGGGGAAUACUGCCCAGUUGAAGUGACUCCUGCCAAAGAUGUGUGCACAGGAGGCAUCUUCCAGCUCAGACAGGGGCAAUCACGACGAAUUCAGGUUGAAGUCAGAUCUGUACAGGAAUCUGGGACCUUGCCACUGAUGGAGGAAUCAAUAUUGUCUGUUGGCAUUGGCUGUGUUCAAAUAAAACAUGUCAAGUCACAGAAAGGACCUGAAAAUUACCCGGAAGAAGAGGAUGAAAUGGACAGCUACCAGGAUAGGGAUUUGGAGAGGCUCCGUCGGAAGUGGCUGUGUGCCUUAACAAAGCGUCAGGAGUAUCUUGAUCAGCAGCUGCAAAAGCUCGUUGGGAAGCCUGAUAAAACAGAAGAUGAUGCAGAUCGGGAGGCACAGCUUUUGGAGAUGAGGCUAACACUCACUGAAGAGAGGAAUGCUGUCAUGGUUCCUUCUGCUGGCAGUGGGAUCCCUGGAGCUCCGGCAGAGUGGACUCCUGUGCCUGGUAUGGAAACUCACAUUCCUGUUAUUUUCCUUGACUUGAACGCUGAUGACUUCAGUUCCCAAGAUAACCUUGAUGACCCUGAAGCAGGUGGAUGGGAUGCCACACUUACAGCAGAAGAGGAGGAGGAAUUCUUUGAACUGCAGAUUGUGAAGCAUCACGACAGUGAGGUGAAAGCAGAAGCCUCAUGGGAUUCCACAGUCCAUGACUGUAUCCAGCUCAGUAAGGGAACAGCAGCAGAUGAAAGGGUUUACCUGAUUGUGAGAGCCACUGUCCAGCUCAGCCACCCUGCAGAGAUGCAGUUAGUGCUACGCAAACGCAUUUGUGUGAAUGUCUAUGGCAGACAGGGCUUUGCACAGAGUUUCCUCCGGAGAAUGGCUCACCGAAGUUCCAUUCCUGGCUGCGGUGUCACUUUUGAGAUAGUCUCAAAUAUUCCAGAGGAUGCUCAAGGAGCUGAAGAGCGGGAGGCACUGGCCAGAAUGGCAGCAAAUGUGGAAGAUGCAGCUUCAGCUGACUCUGAAGCCUAUAUCGAGAAGUACUUGCGGAGUGUGCUGGCAGUGGAGAACAUUCUCACCUUGGAUCGCCUGCGCCAGGAAGUUGCUGUGAAGGAGCAGCUAAUGGGAAAAGGAAAGCUCUGCCGUAGGAGCCUGAGCUCUCCCAAUGUGAAUCGGCUUUCUGCAAGCCGCCAAGAUUUAGCACCCCUUUAUAAUCUCAGCAGUAACCGGAGUCUAAAGGUCCCAGCAGAGGGCCGAUGGGAGAGUCAGCAAGAUGUAUCCCAAGGUGCCACAAAUUCCAGUAGAGGCAUUAGUCCAUCUCGUACCUCUCUCCCAGGCUCUGGGCAGCAAAACCACUCUCCUGAUCCAGGUCUUGGUAGCCUUGCUGCUUCCUAUCUGAAUCCUGUCAAGUCUUUCGUACCUCAGAUGCCAAAGCUGCUGAAGUCUCUCUUUCCUGUCAGGGAUGAGAAAAAGGGCAGGCAGACCUCUCCUCUUGUACAGCAGGCUGUCCCACGGAUCAUGGUUCAGUCUGCCAGUAUUGAUGCCAGUGCUGCAAAGAUAAAACAGAUUAACCAAGAAGCAGUAGGGAAACAGCCCUUUGAAACUGCAGUGCAGACAUCCGAGGCGGACAAGAGUAUGGAAAAGACACCCAAAGUGCCUUUGCAGCAGCCCACAGGAGACACCCAGGUGCAAGACUCUCAGGAAGGACCUCCAAGUCCUCUCAGUGAAGCUUCCAGUGGGUACUUUUCUCACAGUGUUUCAACAGCCACCCUCUCUGAAGCCCUUGCAGCAGGAAGUGAUGCUGUGGCUCAACCAGGAGGUCAAAUGCCUGCAGUGACUGACUUCCCAGCUCCUGCUGUGGCUCAGAUCUCUUCUUCUGAUUUGCCAGGGCCCUCAGAAAGUUCUUCAGAAAGCUGUGUCAAUACUAAGAGAGAGAGUCUACUUGCCUUCAACCUUCAAAGUGCUCAUGCAAGACCUAAAGAGAGCACUGAAGUGAAUGGAAAUGAUGCUUUGAAAUCAAAAUCUUGCACAUCUCCUGUGACUCAAAGUGAGCAGGUAAAUGAUGCCUCUGUAGCCACUGAUGCAAAAAGCUUUUUUUCUACCUCCACUCCAAAGGAAUUGUCACCCAAACAAUCAAUGGAAUCAUCAGGACAAGAAAGGAAAAAAGAAAUGGCUUCUGGGGCUUCAGAACUGGGGUUUCCCAAACCACAGGUUCACCUCAACCAAUUGUCCCAGCUCAGUGUGGCAGCCUCCCCCUUCAAGAUCCAGAAAGUCAAGACAUCAGAGCUGAAGUCCUUCACAAGCAUGCUGGGGCCAGAUACCUCGUGCUCACUAAACACAGAAGAGCAGCAAGGAGGAGAAAAGGGCACAUCCACUGCUCAUGGACUGAAUCAUAAUGGAUCAGAGAUGGCAGAAGAAAAACUGGAAGUGACUUCUGACUCUGAAGAUGCCAAUGAAAUUCCUGAGUGGCUGAAAGAGGGAGAAUAUGUCACAGUUGGCACAAAUAAGACAGGCAUUGUUAGAUACAUUGGACCCACAGACUUUCAGGAGGGAACAUGGGUUGGUGUCGAACUGGAUUUACCUUCAGGUAAGAACGACGGCUCGAUCGGCGGCAGGCAGUAUUUCCGCUGCAACCCCGGCUACGGGCUGCUGGUGAAACCAGGCAGAGUUAAGAAGGCCACGGGCCCGGCCCGGCGGCGCAGCACCGGCUUGCGGCUGCAAGGAGGAGCUGCUGCUGCCGACAACAGGAAGAGCGGCAGCUUCUCCGGGUCAGCCUCCAACCUGGCUUCCCUCACAGCCCUGGCCAAGUCAGAAGGAGGCUCCACGCUGCGGCCGGAGAAGAGCCAGAAGAACGCAGAGAACAGGAAAUCCUGGGCGAACUGA